GCUUAUUCUGUCUACACUUGAAACUAAUGAACGUGCAGCAUGUGACAACAUGAGGAAUUAAGUUUCGCUCUCUGAUGGACUGACACGAUCAACUUUUUCACUCUCUGAAGCACGCCUUUUAGCCGCUGAGGUUCUUUCACUUCCAUCAUGUUGCUUCAUGUUCUGCUCCUCCUUCAUGCAUCAAAACAAGCUUCCUCCACCAUCUCAUGCUAUGAUGAUCAGGGGAAACCUGUAGAUUGGUAUUACUUGUACAAGCUCCCACAUCUGCAUCAUGAGCCUGUGCAGGAGGGGCUGAAGUAUCUUUUCAUGGAUGGAGAGACUGAGGGAUGGAUAGAAGGGAAGACUUUAGUUAAUGACAGUCAAAGUGCUGUUGGUCGAACAGUAGGGCCUUUAUAUGAGGGUGGUGAAGUUGGAUACAUCUCAUAUAAUGACCAGCCACCACAACAGAAGCUUUCAGGAAAUGCAUCAAGGUCUUGUGGCCACACCAAAGGAGUUGUUGUCUUUGAUAAACAGCAGGGCUUCUGGUUGGUUCACAGCACACCUCAUUUCCCUCCUCCUAAAUCAGAGGGACAGUUUUCAUACCCCAGUUCUGGCAUCAAUAACGGACAGAACUUUAUCUGUGUCACAUAUCCUUUCGAGCGCUUUCAGACCAUAGGUGAGCAGUUGAAAAUCAAUCAGCCCCACAUAUACGACUGCAGCAUCCCUGCUUCAUUGGCCGCUGCUGUACCUGCUAUGGCUCAGCUCUGUAAACACACACUGGGCAGAUGGGACAACACUUCCUCCCCCCCCCCAUCCAAUCGCAGUAUCUCACUCCUCUCCCUGGCUGGAACAGAGUUCAUUAGCUUUGCAAAAGGUGCAUCAUUUGCCAAUGGCCUGUAUCACUCCUGGGUUGCCCCUACGCUACAGUCCGACCUGCUGGUUCAGUUCUGGCGUCGCUCCACGGGCGUCCUACCCUCUGACUGCUCUCCAAGCUGGAAAGUCCUCAACAUAGAUCUCAUUUCCCCAAGCCAGGGCAUCACGUUCAAGUCUACAGAGGACCACUCGAAGUGGGCCGUCAGUCCCGACAGCAGCAGCGCUGGAAGUGGGACGUCUGGUGGCUGGGUCUGCGUAGGAGAUAUCAACCGGGACGAGGCAGAGGAGAAGAGAGGCGGGGGUACGGUGUGCCACCAGGAUGCUGUGGUGUGGAAGGCCUAUCGCUCGGCUGCCCUGCAGUGCGAAACCUGCGAUGGAGGAGUGCAGACGUGUGAAAAAGCUGCAUGGUAUCACAGAUGAAGCGGGAUACAGGAGAAAGAACAACAAAAUCAGGGUCAUGCAGGAGGACUGCCUAUGUAGGUGUCAAACAGGUAUGAUUAUGAGGUCAAAUGCUUUUUUUAUUGUAUGUAGCAAUUUUAUGGAAUUAAUAUGUGAGGUGAUUAAUUUAAAUGCAAAUGCAACAGGACUGUACAUUUAUGAUUAAAAUCUUAAAUUCAUCUCUUGUAUAAUAACCGGUUAGAAAUUUGAUUUUAAUACGGUACAGCUUUAUUUUUUUAAAAAUGUGUUUAUAAAUAUAAAUGUUUUCUUGUGCUAUGAUUACAUCAUUUUUUUUAAAAUAAAGAGUGUUACAAGGUGAAGUUUGUAAGUUCUGCAGCAUUAAACUGUAUGGCAAAAAAACUUCUGUUAUUAGCCAAACCUCAAACUUGAGGCAACGUUGCAAUUUGGUGUUUUUAGUGGCACAGAAAUUACACACAUUACCUUAAACCUUGAGAAGUCACAAGUGCAUUAUGGGAAUUAGCCUGGGAUGUGUAUAUUGGAGAUGUUUUUAAUCCCUCAGCUUUUGUUGCUGUAUUACAUUGAGGAGAAUAAAAGCACUUUAUGUGUCUGUAAUUA